AAUGUGUCCCAUUUGGGAAACUACAAGGAAUAAGAGCGGUACAAACACAGAGAUUUCUGUGACUAAUUAAGCCAAGUCGUUGAGAGUUUCCAUUUUUCACUUGAUUUUAUUAUUGGGCUUUUCUUUAUGGUGGACCUCUUUACGUGCAACUCGGUAUCCUUUUACUCUUUCAACACAAAUCCAAUUUCGUUAUCAUCUCCCAAUUUCAGCUCAUUAACUCAUCAUUUCAUGCAAGAUCGUUACUUUUUUCCGCCUAGUUUAGCUGAGACUAGAAUCUUCUUGCUGCAGUCAAUCAUCAAAAUGAGCAAACAUCUUUCUGGGCUGAGAAUCCCAGUCUUUGUGGUAUCCUAGGUGCUUGAGGCUUUGCAAAUGAGGUAGCUGAACCUUUUUAUGUAGAGCUUAGUCCGAGCUUUGAGCUGGGUGGACUUGGUCUCACUGAUUGGUGGAAAUGGUUAUGGACGUGCUGAUCAAUUCGUCUGUUACUCCGUUAGUGGAAGCCGCCUCUCAGAUUAUUGAGGGUAUCAUAGAGAUGGUAGUUGCAUCUGAAAAUGUCCUUGUUGGCAAGAAAAGCUUUGUCAAACUCUCGUCUUACUUGAACGCGCUUGUUCCUCUCUUGCAAGAGUUGAAUAGGGGACACAUUGCUGCUUCUGAAGGCAUACAGAACUUCAUUGAGAUUCUGGACCAUCAGGUGAGGGAGGGGAAGAAGCUGAUCAGGGACUGUAGUGAAAGAAGCAGGUUUUAUCUCUUGGUGAAUUCGCGCUCAAUUGCUAAGCACGUUGAAGCAAUCACUAAAGAGAUCAUCCGUGCAAUUAGUUGCAUCCCUUUUGCAUCUUUGAAUGUGUCAUUAAAGAUGAGGGAUGAUAUUGAGCAGCUAAUUAGCAACAUGCAGAAUGCCGAGUUCAGAGCUGCGCUGGCAGAGGAAGAUAUUUUGGAGAAGAUAGAGUCGGGCAUACAGGAAAGGAAUGUUGAUCGGAGCUAUGCCAAUGAUUUGUUGGUCUCAAUUGCAAAGGCUGUUGGGGUUCCAACGGAUCGUUCAGCACUGAAAAAGGAAUUUGAUGAUUUCAAGAGUGAAAUAGAGAAUCUAUGCUCGAGGAAAGACAAGGCUGAAGCAAUACAGAUGGAUCAAAUCAUUGCUUUGCUAGAGAGGGCAGACGUAGCAUCAUCUCUUGAUGAUAAAGAAAAGAAAUACCUAAAUAAGAGAAAUUCUUUAGGGGUGCAGCCAUUAGAGCCUCUCAUGUCAUUUUAUUGCCCAAUUACAAGAGAGGUUAUGAUCGAUCCAGUGGAGACUCCUUCGGGGCAUACUUUUGAGAGGAGUGCCAUUGAGAAGUGGUUGUCAGAGGCGGAUGAGCCAUCGUGUCCCAUUACCUCGAAUUCAUUAGAAAUAUCAAUGCUUAGGCCUAAUAAAACCCUGAGGCAGUCUAUUGAAGAAUGGAGGGACAGAAAUAACAUGAUCAUGGUGGCUUCCCUCAAGUCCCGACUUUCCUCAGAAAAUGAGGAAGAGGUGAUUCAUUGCCUGGGACAGGUGAAGGAUCUUUGUGAACAGAGAGAAAUCCACAAAGAAUGGUUGAUCUUGGAGAAUUACAUACCAACUCUUGUUAAGCUUCUUAGUGUAAAAAAUAGGGAUAUCAGGAAUCAAGCUCUUCGUAUCCUUUGCUUGCUGGUAAAGGACAAUGAUGACGCUAAGGAAAGGAUUGCUACAGUUGAGAAUUCUAUUGAACACAUUGUUCAGUUUCUUGGGCGACGCAUCGGGGAAAGAAAAUCAGCUGUCACAUUAUUGCUGGAAUUAUCAAAAUGUGAAGCUGUGCGUGAUAGCAUAGGGAAGGUCCAGGGCUGCAUGCUUCUUCUGGUAACAAUGUUGAGCAAUACAGACCCUCAAGCUGCCGGAGAUGCCAAGAAUGUUUUGGACAACCUUUCGUACUCUGAUGACAAUGUUAUCCUCAUGGCAAAGAGUAACUAUUUUACAUAUCUUUUGGAACGUCUUUCUUCAGGUUCUGAUCAGGUUAAAAUGAGAAUGGCGAAAACCUUGGGAGAUAUGGAAUUGACUGAUCAUAAAAAAGCAGCCCUCACUGAAUGUGGUGUACUAGAUUUGCUACUUGACUUAGUUCCCCACGAUGAUGUUGAAAUGAAAAUAGUAGCUGUUCAAGCCCUCCUCAAUGUUUCAAGCUUGGAAAAGAAUGGGCAGGAGAUAAUAAAGAAAGGUGCUGUGCGUCCGUUGCUGGACAUUCUCUACCGCCAAACAUCAUCGCAGAAGUUGCGUGAGCUAGUAGCAGCUACUGUUGUAAAUCUUGCUCUAUCAACCAUAGCUAAAGAAGGUUCUGAUUCGGAGCCAGUUUUCAUGUUGGAAACUGGUGAUGAUAUUUCCGAACUCUUCUCCUUCAGUACUAUGACAGUCCCUGCUCUGCAGCAAGAGAUUUUCCGGGCAUUUCAUGCCAUGUGUCGAUCUCCAUCUGCUGAUACGGUCAAGUCUAAACUAAGAGAGUGCUCAGCUGUGCAAACCUUGUUUCGACUAUGUGAGGUCGAUGAUGUCAUAUCAUUACGCGCAAAUGCUGUGAAGCUAUUGGAUUGUUUGAUCAAAGAUGCUGAUGGAGACACAGUUUUGGAGCAUGUGACACAAAAUUCAAUUGAAUCACUGCUGAAGAUCCUCAAGACUUCAAACAACGAGGAAGAGACCGCCUCCGCACUGGGCACAAUUGCUAGCCUCCCAGAAUCCAGUCAAAUCUCCGAGUGGCUGCUGGAAUCGCCUAACCUCCAAACAAUAUUUGGUUUUCUCUCCGAUGAUAGAAACAGCGCACACCAAAAACCUUUGGUUCUAGAGAAUGCAGUGGGAGCCAUAGGCCGUUUAACCACUCCAACAAGUCUGCAGUUACAGAAGAAAGUAGCUGAAGCCGGCGCCAUUCCCUUGUUGGUACGGUUGCUUGAGACAGGAACCAACUUGACAGUGAAACGAGCAGCCACUUGUCUUUCUCACCUCUCACAGAGCUCUCUUAGGUUAACUCGACAGAUCUCAAGGCGCCAAAGCCUUUGGUGCUUCUCUGCAUUGCCAGAGGCGGUUUGCCCCGUUCACCACGGACUUUGCACAAUCGAGUCCUCAUUUUGCCUAGUAGAAGCCAGCGCAGUCGAACCACUCAGCCGUGCUCUCAGAUGUCAAGAUACCGGAGUCUGUGACGCGGCUCUAGAUGCCCUCCUAACUCUAAUCAACGAUGAAAUGCUGCAAAGCGGUUGCAAGGUGCUAGCCGAGGCCAACACCAUUCCGGCUAUGAUCAAACUGAUCAGCAGCCCUUGUGCAAGUCUGCAGGAAAAAGUGAUGAAUUGUUUGGAGAGGAUUUUUCGGUUAGUUGAAUAUAAGCAGAAAUAUGGAGCUUCAGCUCAUAUGCCAUUGGUGGAUUUGACUCAAAGGGGAAACAACAGGCUAAGAUCUUUAGCAGCAAGAAUACUUGCUCAGUUGAAUGUGCUCCAUGAUCAGUCUUCAUAUUUCUGAAUACAAAGUAGCUCAUCAUUGAUCAAACCAUUCUUUUUGGUACAAGUUUAGAUGGUAAUCACUUUUCCAAGUGGGAUUAUGUUAUUGAAACCCACUGCUGAUUGGCCAUUGGAGAACACAGAUCUUUCUUGUUUAUAUACUAAUAUUCUUUUGUAAACUGUAUAUGUAAAUUUUGUUAGUUGGAAUAAAAUUUUAUACCAGGUUUUCUUCUA